AUGAACAGUGAUCCACCGCCUAUAUGUGAAAAGCUGCUCUUGCGCAGUCUCGACUUCCACAAAAAGCAGGACUCCGACUAUGAAGCCCGCAGAUUACGCCGGCAAACCAUGCCUGCAAGUACUGAUAAGGCCACGACGGUCUCUUCCCCAGAGCCGUUCGAUGCCGCUGAGCUGAGCAAGAAACUUGUGGCAGUCAAAAGAGAGAAGAGCACGAAGAAACUAGAGCCCAAGCCUAGCAUCAAGAGUCUUGACUCACGAGACUCACACACUCCGCACCAUGACGACAAAUCAACGAGAUCGGCCCCAAAAACAACGAAGACCAAGAAACCUAGGCCAGUCACCCUGAACUACGUACCUACGCACGCCGCAUCAUCCCAUGCCUGCGUUACCGAUAUCAUCGGGAAGGAGAACAUACACGUCUUGGCUCAGCCUGUUGUAGUCAAAUACAGCAAUGGCUUGAUACGCACCAAGAGCUGCACAGCCUCCGUCCACCCGCGCCAGUUCUGGGACGAGAUACGUAAAACAAACGCUUACAACGAAGCGCUCUCAAACCGCAACAACUUCCAACGAACCCAAGCCAUGAGAGAUGCAGCCACCGCGGCCGAAGCACGUGCAGAGAGACGUGCUAGACGCUCUGUGGACGCUGUUACAAGCGACGAUAGCCUGAGGCGAAGCAUAAGCACUGCAAGGAAGAGUGGAGAAAUGCGGCGUCAGAAUACACCCUUCGGACAGUUCCUUUCAGGUUGCAGCAGCGAUGCCGAACAGCUACCCCGUCCAUCAUAUGCAAUCGCACCGAACGACAGGAACGACUGGUCCGAAGCGGAUGAGUGCGACGAUCCUAAGGCCAGUCGAGGUUCUAUCAACUUCUCAUUAGUGCGGAAGAUUUCUCGGAGGAGAUUGGACCAGCUCAAACCGGAACCGAAGCAGCCACGGCCUGUGAGCGAAGAGGCGGCGCGCUGGCGCGAGAAGGCCAAGCGGCAUUCAGCUGCUGCGGAGCGGAGCGCGCUUGCAGAACAAGCGGCUGUACAGGACAAGAGAAGAUCAAGAAUGGAGAGGGCAUCGACAGAGAAUGUGGUGCAAGACUCCAAAGAGCUUUCGCUACAGCAGGAACAGCAUCCACCAGAGGAGAACACCUCGAAUGCUAUUGAGCAGCAAAAGCCGAACCCCCAACUGGGCUCUGUUCGCUCCACUCGUUCAGGUUCAUUGCAGUCGGCCGAUUUUCACAGUUGCGAUGAGGGUGACGAGCAGAGAGGCACAGCUACCAUGCGGAGACCGCACACACAGUCGGGGCAUAGGAAGGGGAUGCCAAGCACUGUACUAGAGGUUCCACCCGCACCCAUUGAUCCGUUAGUGGCUCACAGCAUGAAGUACAACGCCGUUCCCAGCUUGCGUGAAGGGCGGACCGUCGCAAGACGGAGCCGGACAGAGGCAGAGGGGGAACCAAGGGGUGGUAGGCAACCGAGCAAGCGUUACAGGAAGACAAGUGGCCCGGCGGACCUUCAAGUGCGGAAUGUUAAGAAAGCGGCGGUUAUGCGGGAGGAGAAGCCACGAGUCGUGCAAGAGGACAAGCCACGGGUUUUACGGAAAGAAGAGCCUGAAACGAGGGAGAUGCGUCUACGUGCACAGCUGGAGAAGGAAGAGAAGCGGAGGAUGCGGUCUCGUUUGGUUUGCUUCUAA